UAUCGGAAACUGGCGCUCAAGUGGCACCCGGACAAGAACCCCGACCGCAAAGAGGAGGCCGACCGCCGUUUCAAAGAGCUGUCCGAAGCCUACGAAGUCCUAUCCGACGACAAAAAGCGCAAAAUAUAUGACAAAUACGGAAAGGAAGGUCUCAUGAACGGCGGCGCCGGCCAUCACCACCACUACCACCACCACACGGGGCCCGACAUGUUCGCCAACAACUUUCCCGGACACCCGUUCCAAGCGUUCUUCACCUUCAGAGACCCGGAGGACGUGUUUCGGGACUUUUUCGGUUCGGAUCCGUUUAGCGACCUCUUUGGCGGCGGCCGACCCUCCGCUCACACGAACCACACGUCGGCAAUGAAUCGGCAAAACAAUAUGCAGUUCGCGUUCAACCCGUUCGCGCAGUUCGGCUUAGGGUCCAUGGAUCACAUGAAUGAUCACCUCUGGGGCGACCAGUCGUCGACGUUCACCACAUUCAGCACUUUUAAUGAUCUCGGCAACAGACCCAACGUCAAGCGCACCACCACUUCCACCAAAUACGUGAAUGGGAAACGCGUGGAGACCAGAAAAGUGAUGGAGAACGGGAAGGAGACGGUGACCAUAACGGAGGACGGGGUCGUGACCUCUAAAUUGGUUAAUGGCGUCAAUCAAUCGAUAGGCUAUUAGGCGCCCACACCACCCGACCCCGUCGUCCCAAACGCUGAGAUAUAUAUAGUGUGUGUCUGUAUUGGCGUUGAAAACGUUGCGUAGAAUUAAAUUCUUGUCAUUAAUUCAAUUGUUGUAUUCAUUACUUCACCGAAAGU